AUGGAGCAGGAGAUUCUUCGUCUUCUGGGCGAACUCCAGUCUACCGCCGAGGGCCCUCGACGGAAUGCGGAAACUCAGAUUACCGCGUUGUACGCCAAUGAUGCCUUGCCUGUUGCCCUCAUGAAUAUUGCGUCUGCGCAGCAGCUCGACAUGACUGCUCGCCAGGCGGCCCUAUUGAUUCUGAAGCGUUAUGUCCAGCACUGCUGGAGCCCAAGCUUUGAGGAGUUCAAGGGACAGCUGGUCAGGGACGACGUCAAGGCCCAGAUGAGGGUCGCACUGCUGGGUCUUGUUACGGACGAGCAGAGGAAGAUUAGAGCGGCUGCUUCAUACGUCGUCAGCAAGAUUGCGAGUCAAGAUUUUCCGGAGGAGUGGCCGACAUUGGUGCAGGACCUAUUGAAACUGAUCUCCGAGGGGAGUGAAUCACAGGUUCACGGAGCUUUGCGUGUGCUCAGUGAUCUUAUCAACGACGGAUUCUCGGAUGAACAGUUCUUCUCGACCGCCAAAGCCCUCAUCUCGGUCGUCUAUGGCGUUGCUACACAUCAGUCAAGGAACUACUCUAUCCGUGCAUUGGCCGUGCAUGUGUUCUUUGCCUGCAUUGAGAUGCUGGAGAUGGUGAAAGAGGACCACCCAAACGCUGUUAAUGAUUUCGCGAAGGAGAUACUCGAUCUCUGGGUCCCAUUCUUUGUCGGCACUCUUUCUGGCUCUUUCCCGGAGACCGACGAUAUUACUUUCGACGGUGUUGUGACUCUCCGCAUCCAGAUUAUCCGGACCAUCAUGCAGAUCCGCAAAGUGUUUGGCUCACUUCUUGCCCCAUUCUUGGGUCAAAUAUUUGCGGUUACUUGGCAGGAACUUAAUACUGUCAAGGAUCGCUAUGUCCGUGACUUUGUGAUCAAUGAGACUGAAGGGAAGCUUGUUGAUCUGGACAGCUUGCCGUAUAGUUUGGAUCUUUUGGUUCUGGAACAACUAGAUUUCAUUCAGACUUGUUUAAAAAACAAGGCUGUGAGGGAUGAGCUGGCGCGUGUGAGUGCUGGGGGUGGAGCGGGUUCGCCAUUGGUACAAAUGGUGAAUGCUACUGUUGCGCUGAGUCAGGUCGCGAGCGAGGAUGAGGGCAUGUGGGAGGUUGAUUUGAAUGUUUUCCUGUGCGAGGAGACUUCGAUUUCGGCGAAUUACACCCCUAGGAGUGCGUCGGGCGAUUUGAUACUGAAGCUUGGAGAAUCAUUCCAGCACCAGACAGAAGCCGCAUUGUGGGAGUAUACACAGCAGAUAUUCAAGUCCGGGGAGAGUACUCGUCAAAUCAAGGAGGCAGCCUUGUUCAUCUGGGAUGAGCUUCUCAGUGAAUUUGCUGAAAUCAAUCGAAAGAUUAACCCCAGCAUCGCCUCGAAUCUGUUGGAAUACGUAGUAUCUGCCAUUGGCAGCAACCUCGAAGAGGAGCAGUUCCUCAGAGCUCGGGGUUACUAUCUUGCUGGAACAUUAACCAAAGCAGCCCCCGAAACCGUCGGGCCCCGGGUGACCGAAUUAAUUGAUCAAACUAUCCGGGCAUCCACCACCGACCCAUCGGAUAUCGUAAAAAUCUCAUGCAUAAAAGUCCUUCAGAAAUACUGCGAGAUUGUUGAUCUCGAGAUAAUUCGACCAUACCAAGCUAGUAUUAUCGGCUCAGUCCGGUCUUUCCUCGCCCACAAACCACAUGAUGAAGCCGAAGACAGCCAAGAUGUACUGGCAGAGUUAAUGGAGGCUUUACGUGGUGCCGUUGGCCUUAAUUAUUCCAUUGCCAUUGAUCCCAACGUCCGGGUCGUUGAGUUAAUCUUUGCUAUUGCUCACAAUGGCCCAACGAGCAUGCACUUGCAGAGUUUGGUUCAGGACUUGUUUCAAGAUAUUGCCGAGGAGCUAUAUGAGAACUUCGUACCGCUCUGUGAAAUGAUGCUCCCGUUCAUAUCAGCAGCAUUAGAUGUAGGAAUGGAUGGGAAGAAUCAUCCCUUGAUGGAUCUCGCAGCUGAUGUCUUGGCUGUGCUCGCGCGGAACGGCUCUGAGCCUCUACCGAAUGGUUUUGUUGCAACGGUAGUACCGAGGCUUCAAAGGAUUUUAAUUCAGUGUGAGGAAAGUGACGUUUUGCAGAGUGGAUGCGAGGCGCUGGGAAGCAUUGUCAAGCAUGACCUGAAUCAAUUGAUCCAGUGGCACGAUGCAGAUGGAAAGAGUGGUUUGGAGGUGACCCUGGUCAUUAUUGAUAGAUUGCUGAGGCCAGACAUCCCAGACAAUUCUGCGCUGGAAGUUGGUGGGUUGGCUGCGGAAGUUGUCGAGAAGGCCAGUGAGCACCUUGGACCGUUCCUAGCGAGCUUGCUUAGGGCCGUUGCGGAACGUUUGGCUACUGCACAGUCACCACCCUUUAUCCAGAGUCUUAUCCUCGUCUUUGCUCGUCUUGUGCUUAAACAAGCAAAGGACGUCGUAGACUUCCUGGCUGGGUUGACUAUUGGUGAUGUAAACGGAUUACAGAUCGUGCUCGGAGCAUGGUUGGAGAACUCUAGCAGUUUCUCAGGCUACGAGGAGAUUCGACAAAAUGUCAUCGCACUAUCAUUACUAUACCGCCUACAGGAUCCUAGGCUCUCGCAGAUUAUGGUUAAGGGUGAUUUGAUCGUCCCCGAAAGCAACCGAAUAAUGACGAGAUCCAAAGCGAAACAAAAUCCUGACAGAUUUACGAUGAUCCCGGUACCUCUCAAAAUCGUGAAGCUCUUGGUUCUAGAGCUCGGGUCGACAAUGGGCGAUGCAACCAAGUCAUACUAUAACAGUAGCCAACUGGCGGCCGAGUCAGAUAGCGAGGACGAGGGCGAGGGCUGGGAAGAUAUGCCAGCUAGCUUAAACAUACCAGGCAUCUCUACCGAAGAACUCAUGGCCCUCGGAGGUGGAUCUGGCCGCGUCUCAAGACAGGCAAAUGACGAAACAUACGCCUACUUGACAAGUUUCUUCCGUGAGCUGUCCACCACCAACCUCGGUGAUUUCCAGACCAUCUACGCUGCGCUUAAGCAGGAAGAGCAGUUGCCACUUAACCAGCUUUUGGGUUCGCAGUCAUAG